CACCAGAUCCAAGAUGGCGGCCAGCAGGAGGCUGAUGAAGGACAACCCUCCAUAUGAUAAGGGGGCCUUCAGAAUCGAAAUCAACUUUCCAGCAGAGUACCCAUUCAAACCACCGAAGAUCACAUUUAAAACAAAGAUCUACCACCCAAACAUCGAUGAAAAGGGGCAGGUCUGUCUCCCGGUAAUUAGUGCUGAAAACUGGAAGCCAGCCACCAAAACCGACCAAGUCAUCCAGUCCCUCAUUGCUCUGGUGAACGACCCCCAGCCCGAGCACCCGCUCCGGGCUGACCUCGCCGAAGAAUACUCUAAGGACCGUAAAAAAUUCUGUAAGAACGCGGAAGAGUUCACAAAGAAAUAUGGGGAAAAGCGACCUGUGGACUAAAACCUGCCGCGACUGACUGCAGCCAGUGUGAGCAGAGACCCCAAGCCUUGCAUCCAGACAGCCCGCAAAGCAGGACUCUGUGGAGAAUUGACACGGGCCGCCUGGCGUUCCGUUCGUGGCAGUUACUAACUUUCUACAGUUUUCUUAAUCAAACGUGGUCUAGGUACCUGUAAAGAAAGGAUUAAAAAUUUAAGAUGUUCUAGUUCUGCUUUCUUUGUUUUAAAAAUCACUGCUUCAGUCUA